UGCUCAGCAUAAUGUCGCGAUCAUAUCGGUGAAGAAGUUGCGCUGACCUAGCGACAGGGAAGGGCUUUGGUGCAGUCGGCCACCGGAUUAGCUGGACAAUAAUGUCUGAGGCUCCUCUCACCAAUAUUCAAUACUUGUAGAGUUGCGUCCCUUCAUUUAUAUAUGCUGAACAGCGUAUACAGAUCCCAAAGUCGCAUGUAGGACUUGAAGUUCGGAGUCGUUACAACUGAAGAUGUCUGAAGAGGAAACUUUGUCAAACGUCUCAGUCCAGCCUGGUUCCUGCGUUCCCCCAACUGAUCACGUGGAGGGAUGCUGUGACAUCACUGUAACCAGGGACUUUUGGGGCUUCCUAGAAGAUGGAUAUGACCGUUCAGAGAGAUGUCACCAGGUGCCCUUAAUACGCUGUGACUGGACGAGUGCUGAGAGCACGAACCGUCAGGUUACACAUACGACACGAUGGAAGCUUCAUGUCUGUGCACCGAACGCUCAACAUACAGACGAAAGAGAAGUUUUACGACUUAUAGGGUGUGACACCUUCACCCAUCUACAUCACUUUGCAGACAGGCUGUGGAAGGAGCAUGACACUGAACUGCUUUAUAUUCAACGUGGUUUGAUAUUUGUAUUCCAGCACAGACAGUAUUCUAAGAACAAAAUGGAUGAAUUGAAGCGAAAUAUACUGAUGCUGUUUCAGCAUCUCAUCAAUCGACCCGCCGCAAACAGCAACUUUGAUGUUUCGCUGGAUGUGCUUGAAGAAAAGAGCGGCUCUGACAAGAACGGAACGUCAUCGCUAUCAAGCUCAGAGCUGCAACUACAAAGAAUUGAAGUGCGACUUCAAGAACAAAUGUCUGGCCACAUUAGAAACAUGGAGAACGUUGUCUGCACGAUGAUUCAGAAACAUCAAACAUAUAUGGAAGGCAAACUCCAGAAUAUCGCAUUGGCUGUAAGUUCACAACGAGAUACGACAAACAUGCAAAAAACAGUUCAACGUGAACGUGACAUAACACCAGGGUCUACUGAACAGGAUUCUCAUGUCCAUGGCGCUAACACCACACUGGAAGAACCUUUCACACCAGGGGGCACACCUGUUGAUGAUAAGCAGGAAGUUCCUGAAACCACAGAAAUCUAUCCAGACGCUGACGUUACCGUUGAGGGUAACGACAAGGUGUUAGAAGAAAUUCCCGGCUCUCCUAUCAUGGGUCAAACCACUGUACCAACGACAGUCAGUGAUGACACAUUGAACGGGGAUACAUCAGUGCUAAGUUUGCAGACUAUUCAGCAAACCACAUCAAGUGAAAUAAUUAGCAAGAACUAUUACGAAGCUCAACAACUGCUCUCAACUCUGAACAUUACUCUUGACGGAUGGAAAAGACUGACAGAGUCAACUGCACUGGCCCUGGAAGUUGCACACCCUUCACCACCAAGAACUAAUGCUGCCGUCACAGUAUUGUGUGUUGAUGUUUCCGAAAGUGUUGGAGAAAGCGGCCUGGGAGAACUGAAGGAGUUUGCCAAUAGGUUUAUCGAUGGUAUAGAGACGACGGCUGAGCAGCACGGUCUGGAGGAGAACAUCGGCGUGGUGGCAAUGGGCGGAGAUGUGUCGGUCGUCCAGGAGAUUACAAAUGACUAUGGAAGGGUCAGGGAUACAAUAGAUGACUUGGUUCUUCGAGGAACGAGUCCCAUAUUUGAGGCUAUCGUUGUUUCCGUGGCAUCUAUCAGGAACAGAGCGGGUGUUCUCAGGAUCGGCGGCAUUCACAACGUCAAGCCACGGAUUAUUUUCCUCACGGAUGGUUUUGCAACCAAUGAACAUCAGUCAGAUGGACCAGACACGGCCAUCCAAGAUUCUAACUUGAAGGUCCAGAUUGUCCGCCUAACAACUGUGUUGGCACGGGAGAAGAGUCAUACGGUUCCACUUUUGUGGGUACCGGUGGGGAAUGCUGACAAGUCGUUUCUGUCCUCGUUGGCGAGACUGGGAAAUCAAGAAUUGGUCGAAGGGAAGGACAUUCACAGUCUGUGUAACCGUUACAGAUUACAGGAUACGAUCGCUAAAAUCUACAUAUGCCUGGAAAAGACCUUUUCUAAGGACAAAGAGGGAAUAGAACGCAACAUUGAUGCAGUAGCUGGGGCAUUCAUGGGUGACAUGACUCACGAAGAGAAGGUUACCGUUAUCCAAGCAGUGAAAGAAAAGAUACAGACGAAGGACACCAAACUACCCGAUGAUGGUCCAAGUGAUUAUGACAAUGUCUUAGAACGAAAGGGGUUACCUCCCCUUGGGUCCAGAGUGAUACGGGGCCCUGACUGGAAGUAUGGGGACCAGGAUGUGGAAGGGCCUGGAACCGUAGUCAAUCAUGCAAAUGAUCACCAGUUUUUGUGGGUGCAAUGGGAUCUUAGCUGCGGCAACUGUAGGUACCGAUAUGGAUAUGAGGAACACUUCGACGUUCUCCUUAUCGACCAACCACGACGUCUGGCGACACACGAACUGAUUGAGAUAGGUGUAAAGGUCAAGAGAGGAGUUAACUGGUCAUAUGCAAACCAAGAUGGGGGUCCUGACGGACGCGGGAUAGUAAUACGAAAACGGAAGGAUGGGAGAGUGAAAGUGAGGUGGGACAAUGGUCACAUAAACACCUACUAUUUUGGAGGCCAUGGGAAAUUUGACCUCGAAGUCAGUACGGAGGAAGACGAAUUAUCUGCGAUAAUUGCUGCAUCCUUAGAAGAAACAGCAUCUCCUCCAAGAGAACAUCAGGAUGAAGACAUCAGGAGAUCGCUGCAGACAGACGGCAGACCGUACAUGGUCUGGCAGUGGAAGGACGACGAUGGGAACUGGAGGUUAUACACACAGAAGCAGAUAGAAAAGUUGGAGAGGGAAUACGUUCGGAAAUCUGCCAGGUCAUGCGUUCUACAAAAAGGUGGUCAGAGUUUUCGUGUCACAUUCAAAGAACCGAUGUCACAAAAGUCAUCCGAAGAUGGGAGAAGAUGUGAAGUUCAAAGACUCGCUGUGGGUGCUGAGGACCGUGACCAGCUCAUCUGUCAAACAUCCGCUGUGGAAGACGUGGGAUGGAUGUGGAUGGAAGGGGACCAUGGGCAGCAGUAGUAGUGAUGAACUGAACAGUGGAUGUAUACAUGCUGCAUAUGUACAUGUGGUGAACAGUGGAUGUAUACAUGCUGCAUAUGUACAUGUGGCGAACAGUGGAUGUAUACAUGCUGCAUAUGUACAUGUGGUGAACAGUGGAUGUAUACAUGCUGCAUAUGUACAUGUGGUGAACAGUGGAUGUAUACAUGCUGCAUAUGUACAUGUGGUGAACAGUGGAUGUAUACAUGCUGCAUAUGUACAUGUGGUGAACAGUGGAUGUAUACAUGCUGCAUAUGUACAUGUGGCGAACAGAGGAUGUAUACAUGCUGCAUAUGUACAUGUGGUGAACAGUGGAUGUAUACAUGCUGUAUAUGUACAUGUGGUGAACAGUGGAUGUAUACAUGCUGCAUAUGUACAUGUGGUGAACAGUGGAUGUAUACAUGCUGCAUAUGUACAUGUGGCGAACAGAGGAUGUAUACAUGCUGCAUAUGUACAUGUGGUGAACAGUGGAUGUAUACAUGCUGCAUAUGUACAUGUGGUGAACAGUGGAUGUAUACAUGCUGCAUAUGUACAUGUGGUGAACAGUGGAUGUAUAC